CUGCCCCGAAACCUGCCUCAGGUUGGCUCUUCAGCCCUCCAGAGUUCACGGAAGUAGCAUGGUAGGCCAGUCAGCCUGUAGUCAUAAUCCUCGAAUUGGAUUCUAUCGUAUAUCUAUAAAAUCUGGAACGUUCUCUCCUUUGAGCUUAGGUUUUUUUCGUUUACGCGCCUUGUCUUCUUCCCGCUCGCACGACAAUCACAGAGAAUUUCAGCCCAGCUCCUCCGGUCUUGAAAGCUGUCGUUGCUGCUACUAUGUCCCAACAACCAAUGCUCCCGGCCGGUAACCCUAAUGAUGAGAGCGAGAGCGCACCCGCACUGACCGAUGACCAGCGCCGCCCACCCAUCCCCCAGAUCGGGGGGGAUUGGCUCGGAGACACGGGCAAUGAUGACAGCGAGGUGAUGAAGAGGGCCCAGAAAGUCACCAAGAACGUUUGGAAAGAGAGGCAUGAUGAAAAGAAAGCUCUUUCUCAGCGCCUGGAGCAAGAUCUGAGAAAGGCAAAAGAUGAUGCGGCAUAUUGGAAGCGGCGGUUCAAUGAAGCAGAGCUCAAAGAGCAACAAAUGGAGCAAAAGCUCGAGCAGAUGAAGCGGGAUCUCGACAAGGCAGCCGCUGACACGCUUGAGCAAAAGAACAAGGCGUGGAACUUAGACUACAAAGUCAGGGAUCUGCAAGACCACGUGGAGAGACUCAACGAUCGCUUGCAGAAGGGUUACUUCGUUGUGUACGACGAUGGAGAUGAGGAUGAGGAUGAUGAUGAUUUGGAUCCCGACAAUCCUCAGGCCGCUCGCUCAUCGGCGGCAUCAUCUCAGAAGGCACAGCCCAAGCAUUUGAGGCGCUGAAUCAGAAAGGGGAGGCUUGGAUAAUUGCUUCGUGACUUAGGGCGGAUCGGACUAUAAUUCCCACCUUUGGCUGUAUAACCCGAAAGGCGCCCAACUUCAUGGCCAUCACCUUGGACUUUGGUGAAAUAAGAUCCUGUGCCUCUUCAAAAAAACCGCGCUAUGUAGAUAGACACUCAGAC